AUGGCACCGCUGAAAAGUAAGCACGCCGAUAAUGAACCCUCUGACGGCGAAAAUCGCCGUACCAAGACGAAACGGAAGACGUACCGGUACUGCUGUGUGAAGAACUGUCAUAACAACGAGGGACUCAGACACGUGAAACUGCACCGCUUUCCUUCGCAACCGUGGGAUAAGGAACUGCGUAAGAAAUGGAUCUCGGCUGUCAGGCGUGUAAACACCGAUGGCUCAGAAUGGGUACCAAACAGCAGCUCCAGGAUCUGUUCAGAGCAUUUUGUCAAUAAUGCCAAAAGCAACAUCGCAGCCCAUCCUACGUACCUCCCCACACUCUUUCCAGCAGUGUACAAGAGUUCAGUGAUUCCGCAGGACCAAGCGUCAAGGUUUGACAGAUGGCAUCACAGAGUAGCAAGCAGACAAGCAUCGAGUCUGGGGGGUCCCGCUUCAUCUUUGACUGGAAUCCCAAGCACAAGCAGGGAACGAACUAGCAGCGGCAGCCGAGGUGGAAAUGAGGGCCUGCACCUCUUAUGUACAGCCGUUGAAUUCAGAGAGGAGAGACAACCUUCCGUGGUACGGCUUUUGCAUCAACAAGUGUCAAAUGUAACGUUAGGAUUUGUCAGACCCAAGAAGAUCAGACUGAUGACCCGGAGAUUAGCGCAACAGAUGGGAUCCUCCAGGACCAAGCAUCAGGGCUUGACAGGUAAAGUCUCAAAAUAG